AUGGGGUUGUUUUCACGCAAAGACAAGACGCCAAAGGCCGAUCAGGCCAUCAACACUUCUCAAUCCAAUGUGAGCGUAAACUCACACUCAUCAAGCUUGAGAUCGCCUGCUGCCGCCAAUAACCGCAACCCCAUGAAUCGAACUUCUGCUGCUAGCACGUCCGGUCCCAUGUCUCCAGUCAAACUACCAAAGAUCGAUCUUCCUCGACCUCCGGACCCUCAGCUCGAUCCUGCCGGUUACCUGAAAAGUCUUGGUGCUGUGAGAGAAAGGAGCAAGAUUGUCACUGACAAGGCUCUGCGCAAUGAAUUGAAGCAUUUUGAUGUGGAUAUGAGCAAGUUUGACGAUGUGGUCACAUUUGUUACUGGAAUUAUCAAGCGAGACUAUGAUGCCCCCUAUCUCAGCAUUCCUAGCCACGGCAGAUACCAGCACUUUGCCGUUGGUGGUCGAGAUCGCAUUGCUCAGCUACUUUCAACCUGGCCUUCUAAUAUCGACAACACAGAGCGCUGCCGACGUCUAAUCGAUCUUUUCCUCGUCAGUGUGCUUUUGGAUGCUGGCGCAGGAACUUGCUGGACGUACAAGAGCAACGAGAAUGGUCGCGUGUACAGGAGAUCAGAGGGUAUCGCAGUUGCCAGUCUGGAAAUGUUCAAGAGUGGUCUAUUCUCUGGAAACCCCAACAACAAAUUCCAAGUCGACAAGGAUGGUCUCAAGACUCUUACAGUCGAAAAACUUGCUGCUGGCCUUCAGUCAAAACCAGGCAACGAAAUGGCCGGCAUCCAAGGUCGCACUGACAUGCUGAUCCGCCUGGGUGAAGCUUUGGCCGCCAAGGACGACUUCUGGGGUUAUGAAGGUCGCCCUGGAUGCUUGAUUGAUCACCUUCUUGGUCACCCCUCGACACAGGCAUCAUCCUUGCUCAUCGUUCCCUUGCCCGUCCUGUGGAACGUGUUAAUGACAGGCCUUGCUCCUAUCUGGCCCACAAACCGAACAGCGAUCAAUGGUGUUUCCCUCGGCGAUGCUUGGCCUUGCCAGGCGAUGCCUCAGCCCGGCGCAUCUCCCAAGGUUUCCGCUUUCCCCAACAGCUCCAACGCCGCUGCCUGGGAGUCCAUUCUGCCAUUCCACAAGCUCACUCAGUGGCUCACCUACUCGCUUAUGCAACCCAUGCAACAGCUCCUCAAGAUGCACUUUGCCGGAACCGAAUUGCUCACUGGUCUACCAGAGUACCGAAACGGUGGUCUUUUCGUCGAUAUGGGUGUCUUGAACGUCAAAAAGGACGAUCUGGAGAGAGGUCUACAGAAUUACAAUGAGUGGGUGCAACGGACAGGCGCUAAGGGUGUUGAGGUAGCACCCAUGUUUGAGCCUAGUGACGAUGUCAUCGUUGAGUGGAGAGGUGUUACAGUUGGUUUCCUCGACCUGCUCUGUGAGGAGGUCAACAAGGUUCUGAAGCCUGAGUUGGGCGGCAACGAGUUGACCUUGCCACAGCUUCUAGAGGCUGGUAGCUGGAGGGGUGGCCGUGAGAUUGCCGAGAUCAACAGACCUAAUACCAAGGAGCCCCCGAUCCUUAUCGAGAGCGACGGCACCGUAUUCUAA